GACUCCUCUGAUUAUUAUCUCAUUUGCCGGCACGGGAUACACGCGCCCUACGGCCCACGCCACGUACAUAUAUCAGAAUCUCGGAACUUUUCUCACUUUUGAAGAAGUUUGUGCAAAAUCUUCUUCUGUGAUUCACGGAACUCUUUUUUCUUUCCUGCCAAAGAGAAUGACUACGACGACCGGAGAUCCUUUGACCUUAAAAACCCCUGCUUCACUUUCCGGUGGUGACCUAGUCUCUCGCCUCUUAGCAGCAACGCCACCCUACCUCUACAAUGUGCCUCUAACUCCACACAGUUUUUUCUUCAGUGAAAUGCUCCGUUCCUUCGUCCAGGCAAAGGCCGAUGCUUCCCCAGUCAGCCCCUUACCUGGAGCACCACGACGCAGAAAACGAUCGUGGAGGGAUGCUCGAGACCGACCUUUAGAAUUAACUACUAAGGAACGAAAUCACCACCACACCCAUCAACACCAGCAACAACCAGAAAAAUACUUCCACACCCAACAAAAUCAACAUCUUCUAGAGACCACCCACACCGAAAAUCGCAACAAAUCCCUCGAAUCAUAUGAUCACGAAGGCAAAAUUCUCCCCGUGAGCCUAGAACAAAAAUCACAAGAUUUCAACAACGAAGUCCUGAGACCCGUUGAUGAAAAUCGCUCCGAAUUCAAACCAGUGAAAAACUACUUUGCAGACCGAAUUCCCAGUCAACAGGAAUCUAUUUCCUCUGCCGAAUUGCAGAAGGUCAAACCAGAAGAAUCCGGAGAGAGGAAAGGCUGUACUUAUAGUAAUAAGAAUAGCUUCGAAGAGUGUUCUAAAGUCAAUAAAGAGCUCUCUUUUUUCAAUGAGCAGAAAAACAAGUUGGAAUUCAGUACAAGGAAUUUUGUACCAGCAUUGCCUGGAAGAGGUGAUGAACUACAGGCGGUGAAGGGUUUUGGAUUACCUUCUGGAAAUGUUGGUAAUGUUCCAAAUCCAGAAUUUUUGCCAAAUCCUCUUUGGUAUCCACCUUAUCCGAUGCCUCAAUCUUAUCCUGGUAUUGAUCCGCUACAUUUUUUUAUUGACCUUCGUGUGUCUGGACAUAUUUGGGAUCGGAAGUUGAGUGAGAGGCAAUUGCCGUUCAAAAGCAAGCACAGCUCUGCUUUUAGUGUGCCUCAAGCGAAGGAAUACAAUCGGCCAUUGAAUUUGACGAGGGAUGAAGCUUCGGCGUCCAGAUCGAAUGAGGAGAAUCAUCGUGGAACGCAUUAUAUUCUGAAACAUAUCACGAGGACCUAUAAAGACAUCCGAGAAGCGGAGAAAGAAUUGAAGACCGAGAUCACUGAUGUGGGGUCUGACGAAAGUCAGAAAUGUUCAGAAGUUGGACCUGAAAUUGAAACGGAAGGUGUUUUGAUUGCAAAAAAAAACCGCUUCACUGGAAGAAGAAACUGACGAAUUAGAAGAAAUAUCUCAAGCGGAAUUUGCAUGCGCAGUGUGUGGAAAAAAUGCACUUUUGAUCAUUCGUGCGAAGUAUGUGGUCUGCUUGUUUAUUUUAUUUGUGGAAUUGCGACGGCAGAAAUGAAUGUAGGCAAUGUGCGCAUACCAGAUGUUGAUAAAGGACGUUAUGACCCAAGAAAUAUUCUAGCAUGUGUCAUGAACGUAGAAGAUAGGGUGUAUACGUUAGGUACAGAAGAAGGAAUAUUUAACCAAAAAUAUGUUAGGAGCGAAUUUUCCACUCUCAAUGACCAUGGGUAAGACUGGGAUAAUGGUCAAAUUUUGCAUAGUGAAAGUAAUGAGAG